CCCGGCUGCCCUCCGCCGGCGCUCAAGCAGCGGCGCCGCGGGCUGGACCUCGCCGGGAUUUCCUCUUCGGGGAAAGUGUGUGGGAGCUGGGCAAAGCCUCCGCGCCGCUUUCCUCUUCCCGCCGGUUCCCGCCCCUUUCCUUCGCCUCCCUCUCCCUCGCGGAGCUUGCCUCCCCCGGCCGCCGCAGUCCUGGGAAGGACAGGGACUCUCUUGGCUGGAGCCGUCAUGUGACCAGAUUGGGCUGCCUGGAUCGCCGCCGCACCAUGAGCGAACUGGGGGCUGGGCAGAGCGCGAGCCGGCGCCAGGUAGCGCCCCGGCGGCUGCUGCUCCCUCGCCUCUUUUGCCUGCUCCUGGUCUGGACCAAAGAGAGCGCCGCGCUGGCUGACUUCUCAGGUUACCUAACCAAACUCCUGCGAAACCAUACUGUGUAUGCCUGUGACGGUGAUCAUUUGAGUCUCCAGUGUCCUCGGCAUUCAACAAUAAGUGUCCAAUCUGCAUAUUAUGGGCAAGCUUACCACUUGUGUAGUGCACAACAGCCUGAAGUCAUGAUGAAAGAGCCACUAAACUGUGUGGCACCUACUACCUUGCAGAAAGUACUGGAUGAAUGCCAGAACCUGAGAGCCUGCCAACUCCUUGUUAACAGUCGAGUUUUUGGAUCUGAGUUAUGUCCAGGAGUCACUAAAUACCUCCUAGUCUCCUUUAAAUGCAGACCUAGUGAAUAUAAAACUAGAUCAGUGUGUGAAAAUGAAGAACUGAAACUGCACUGUCAAGAAUCAAAAUUUCUUAACAUCUAUUCAGCCUCCUAUGGCAGGUCUGCACAUGAGAAAGACUUCUGUUCAACAAAAAUGGAUCACCUUCCCCAAUUUGAUUGCUUUUCCUAUUCAGCUUUAGAAGUAUUGUCGAAGAAGUGUUAUGGGAAACAAAGGUGUAGAAUUAUUGCUAAUAGUCAUAACUUUGGAAGACCAUGUAUGCCUGGGGUGAAAAAAUAUCUCAACGUCAGCUAUGCAUGUGUUCCCAGAUUCAUAUUGGCAGCAGUUGAUCCAAUGGUUGCCAUGCUCACUCCCUCUUGGAAGCCAAAAGAAGAUGAAUAUGAUAUAAAUUUUGAUCCAAAAGAAUCAAGAAUUCCAAAGAAGGAAGGAAUUAUAGUUAGCAGCAGUUUGGCUACAUUUGCAUACAUUAGAGAUCACCUUGAAAGAGCUGCUCUCUUGUUUGUGUCUAGUGUUUGUGUUGGCCUAAUGUUCACACUUUGUGCUCUGGUGAUGCACGUUUCUUGCUCUCAUGAUGUGGUAAAGCUGCGGAGGAUAAAAAGGCACCUGGUGCUAGAGAAUCAGAAAGCUAAUGAAAACAAUGAGGAGGAGGAGGAAGAGGAGGAUGAAGAGAGAGGGGAAUCUUCUGAUUCAGAUUUUCCUGAUGAACUAACAGGGUUAUGCAGGACUUCAUAUUCAGCUUAUUGUUCCCUGGAUGCAGCCGAAUUGGCUGAAAGGAUAGAGCGUCGAGAACAGAUCAUCCAAGAAAUCUGGAUGAACAGUGGCUUGGAAGCAUCCCCUACUAGAAGCCUCAACCCAUUUUAUAUCAAUGAACAGCAGUGCGUUUGUUUUGGAUAACAUGCACUUCUUUUUUUUAACUACCUUCUGUGAAGGAU